AGGAGCGUGACGAGCAGGUUCUUUGCCGCCGCGCCGUGUCACGUUGCUAACAGUGGGGUCAGGUGGUGGCGGAGGUCAUGUCAGGCUAACCAUGUGUCACGGGACCGGUUGCGAGAUGCGGCUGAGGGUCUCGAGCGCGCCCUAGCAACCCCAGUGCCGCCAGGACCAGCAGGAUGUCGGGGCUGCCUGUGGUGGGGCGGUACGUGGCUCGCAGCUGGAGCACGGGGUCCGGUGGGUCGGGGCCGGGGGGGGCGGGGCGGCAUGGGUCCCCCGGCCCCCGCCAGCCCCCCCGCUCCUCCCCCUUAAGGUUCCCUGCCUUCUUCAGGAAGAGGCUGGAGAUUGCACAGCGUGGCGGGGGUCGCGUGGGCAGCACAGGGCCGGGGGACAGCGAGGGGGGCAUGGCCGUCACCGAGGAGGCCUUCAAGGACCCUAAGGACCCCCCCUCCUACCUGAAGGACCCCCUGCGAGAGUCCUGCAGCACUGACCCCAUCAAGGAUUUCCAGGACGUGCCCUCCCCUUACGACGAGCCCGAGAUCCGGGACGUGGGGGGCAGGGAGCCGCGGUACCUUGACCUCUUUGACCCCGGCGUGUCGGUGGUGCGUGACCCCAAGCUUGACCAGCCCCCCGCCACGCCUCCCAAGAGCCGCGCCCGCACCGCCCUCGCCGCCUGCCUCGCCUCCCUCGCUUCCACCAGGAUCAUCGUCUGCUGUAGCGUGGUGUUGGUGGUGCUGGUGGUAGUGAUCGUCGCCCUCGCCUCCACCUCCGGCCACGCCUUCCCCCCCGACCCCCGCAUCCAGCCGCCCUUCGUCACCACCGUCACCACCUGCGGCCUCGUCCAGGGGUUGGUGGAGGACGGCGCCUUCGUGUUCCGCGGGGUGCCGUACGCCGCGCCACCGGUGGGGGAGCGGCGCUUCCGGCGGUCGGAGCCGCACACCAAGCUGGAGGAUUGCUGGAGCGGCACCUACAUGGCCAACGUGACGAGGCCCUGCUGGGGCUACGACAGCCAGGGCGGCGUGGUGGAGGGCUCCGAGGACUGCCUGUUGCUGGACGUGUUCACGCCGCAGCUCGGCUACGACACGCCCCUGCCGGUGGUGGUGGUGGUGGGCGGCGCCAGCCUCGGCGGGGACACGCAGCGGCCGUGGCUGCUGAGUAACGCCGCGGCGCUGGUGCAGCACCGCCGCGUGGUGUUGGUGUCGCCACAGCUGCGCCGCGGCCCCUUCGGCUUCUUUCCGCAUCCGGCGUUGGCGGCGUCCACCUAUCCGCACACAGCCGGCAAUCAAGGUGCCUCCGACCUGCUGGCGGCGCUGGCGUGGGCGCGGCACAACGUGGAGCACUUCGGUGGUGACCCCGCCCAGGUGACGCUGCUGGGGCACCGCGCGGGGGCGGCGCUAGCCUGGCCGCUGUUGUCCUCUCCUAGCGGCCGCGACCUGGUGCACGGCGCCUGGCUCGCCGGCGCCGCGCCCCACCACCCGACACGGUCUUGGCGGGACGCAGACCCCGUCCUGGUGGGGGCCCUCAACUGCUCCUCCGUGAGCUGUCUGGAGACCAUGCCCGCCCGCCAUGUGAUGGAGGCGCCACCGGUGGAGUGGCGCCGCCCGGGCCGCCGCGCCUGGCUGGUGGCGGACGGCGUGAUGGUGUCCUUCCUACCUGGCUCGCCUCAAGUGCCUCUCGUCCUCGGGUCCACAGUCCAGGUGGCCGCCGAGUCCCUGCUGUCGUGGCGGGGGCGCCUCGGGACCUCGCGCACCCUUCUGCUGGACGCCAUUGCCGAAGGUCUCGGACUCUUGCCGCCAGCAGCAGUAGCUCAGGAAGAAUCAACGGCUGGACCGGGGCAGCCAGCGCUGGUGAUGGGGCGGGGCGGCGGGGGAUGGCCGCCCCCACUGACCCCUCGCACGGAGGCGGAAAUGCAGGAGGCCGCAGUGGCAGGAGCGGCGGCGGCGGAGGCGGCGCUGGAGCGGUACUCCGAGGUGGCAACUGACCCGUGGCUGCUGCUGACCACGCUGGUGAGCGACGCCACCACAACCUGCCCCGCCCUGGCUGCCGCCGCCUCCCUUGCCCGCACCUUCGUCCACAGCCGCCGCGUCCCCGACGCUGCCGCCCCCGUGUACGCUUACCUGUCCCGCCACGCUCGUACCAGCCGCUUGGGCACGCUGGCUGAUGGUACCGUGGACCUGGAGGCCCUGUUUGGACUGCUGCCGCGCCGCACCGCCGCCGACACGCGCUUCGCACACACGCUGCAGGAGUUGUUCUUCCGCUUCGUCGCCGACAGCGUCCUGGAGCGAUACGAGGCCACGCCCGCCCACCUGGGGGUGUACCUGGUGGGGGAGAAACUCGUACUGCAGCGGUCCCGGGCCGUGUGUGACCACUGGGCUAACGCCUCGCACCUGGCCGGCAGGUAUUAGUGGCGGCAGGUGUGUGGCCGCGUAGAGGUGAGUGUGGCGCCGCGGGAGUCACGGCUCAGGGACGGCAGCCAGGUGACCCAGCCUCAGGAAGGUGUGUGUGUGUGUGUGUGUGUGUGUGUGUGUGUGUGUGUGUGUGUCAGUCAGUCAGUCUGUGUGUAUGCCUGUCUGUCUGUCUGGGUAUGGCUGUCUGUGUGUCUGCUUGUUACUUAAGAGUGAGUUGUUUGUAGCGUGUACACUGUAUAGUCUUGUUUACCUGAGUCUGUAAGACUUGAUGACAUUCCAAUCACCUGACAUAGUAGUAUGUAAGGUGUGUCGGUCAUGUGUGCGCCGCGCACCGCCGUGCCUUGUGGAGCAGAACCUUCGUGCGUUAGUCUCGCUGUCUGGACAAGAUGCCUUAGGGAGGACCACUGCCGCAGCCGCCGCCCCAUGCAGGAAGGCCGCUUGGAAAUGAAGCUUCUCCUCCCGGCGGGGCCGAUGGUGACGGUCCUGCCAAGCAAACAGUCACUGCCAUUCUGCCUCGGAUCUCACCAAGAGUAGCGUAGCGCCAGAGUCUUUCAGGCCCGCGUGUCACCAGCCAAAGAGGGAGUGGGACGGGCAUGCUGGGCUGCCUUCACACACACACACACACACACACACACACACACACACACACACACACACACACACACACACACACACACACACACACACACUAAGUUUAUUGAGUUUUGAGCAAAGUUUGACCAAUUGAGACAGAGAUUGGACCCCACGAGUGUAGUUCAUUUCCUGUAAAGCAGAACAAUCUGAAUAUAACUUUAAAUAGGUAUAUACAGAUAGUCCUCGAAUUGCGACUUACGGCCACUCGCACUAACACUAGAUGAUGUAAUGAGUCGACAUUUCAAGUAUCCCGCCAUGGAUAGAGCAGAUGUUUGUUUGCACAGCAUUUCCGCGUCUCCUACCCCCAUCCAUGCUGCGCCGCCUCACCCCAGCCUACCCUCGGUUGCUUGUGGAGCUUACGCUUUCAGCACUGCUCACGCUAUAGUUGGUGACAUUUCUAAAUAAGCCAAAACCUUAGAGCUUGAAGUUGAUCAAGAAGACGUGGUCGUUACUGGAAAAAGUCGGUUGCUUGGCGAUAGUGUACGGUACUGAAUUUGUCGGCAUCCAUUGUUAUUGUUUUGGCGUUGGUCUCGGUUCGUGGUUGGUUCAUUUUGUUCCUAAGUUCGUGUGGUAAUAAGAAAAGAGUCAGUGACAACAUUACUCAAUUAUUCAAAACCUUAGAGCUUGAAAUUCAUGAAGAAGAGGUGGUCGUCACUGGAGAAAAUCAGUUACUCGGUAAUAGCAAACGAUACCGUAUUUGUCGGCGUCGUGUUAUUGUUUUGGCCUUGGUCUUGGUUGGUCAUCGGCCAUGCGCCGCGAGUUAAGAAGCCAGUGGUAAACAAACCUCCAUUGCAUAUCCAGGUCUGGUUGAAUAAAUCACACAGUACGUAAUACAUGAAUAUGAGACAACUCUCGUAUAUACUGCAUAAUUCUACAUUAGAACCCCAGUUGCCCAGCAAGCGAGGGAUAUAGUCACCCACUGGUUGGUCCCAUCAGAUACAGCAUGUAAUAAUGCACGGUACGUUUUUAUUUUACUUUUUAAUCAAAGUAAAGAGAAUGGAAGGUAGGCUCACCAGGGGGAGGGCGAGGUACCUAAAUUUGUUUCUUCUGCGCAUGACGUCACGUGGAAUAUGACUGAGGGGUCCGGACAUGGAAGAGAGGUCAGUCUCGCACGCACCAGCCUCCUGACCCGAGUUCCUCACUCAAUGGGAAACUUAGCUAAAGUGUGUUUUCUUUCAAUACGCCAACUAUUUGUAUUGUGCGCGGUUGUCGAGCAGUUUAUGUGAGAGGAAACAGUAAUAUACAGUUUCAUCGGCUGCCAAGAGAUCAAGAACUUAGAAAGAAAUGGAUGGAAAUAUGUGAUAUAAAAGAAUUUUAUUCUCGAGCAGAUUCUGUUGGCUUUGUGUGUGGUCGUCACCUUGAAACCACAGCUUUUGAACGCAACAUAAAAUACGAAUUGCUUGGGUUACCUGUGCCACCAAACAACAUAAAAUUAAAGCAAACCGUGUUGUCUUUUGUUGAUGCUAAAUAAGUUAUUUUGAUUUGAAAAUAUUCUUUUGAGUCCGUACUAGAGUUAUUGCCCGCCAAUAUGAGUAUACAGUCUCUGCUGCACAAAUGUCACCAGGCCACCCAUCUCAUGCUUAAACAUCACUAAAGAUCUUAUACAACGUCAGUUAUACCGACAUUUUAGUAGAAGUGGCCGCGUUCACUACUUGAGUGGCACCUAACAGGUAGAAGAGUUAAGAAGUUGUGAUUUAUGAUUCAUGGCUAGACACCACUAGGGCGACUUUAGUGUCGUUUGCCGAAAAUGGGUACCUGUGCAUUUUUCUUAUUAUCACAUCUCAUCGGCAAAAUUAAGUGUCUAACUACGUUAUAUAGACAUGCCGUAAAAGGAAUAAACACUGGCAUAAAAUUUCAUGUUGGUCGCAGACAUUAGUUCUCCAUCACUGAGUAUAUACCAGGCUACCUGUCAUUCUCUUUAACUUUAAAUUACACACGUUUCUUUAGUAGUCCGCGCUAGAGUAU